AUGUAUUACUACGACAAUCCAAGCAGCAGUUACCACAACGACAGGACCAAUCUCAACACCGACAAUGAAAACGACAACAAUAACAGCGAUCAUGCGCAACCUCUCUUCAGCCAACCAUUUGAGCCAUCUCACCACUUGCAAACGGCCGUAGACAACGACUUGUCUUAUCUUUCUCUUGGCAAUAUGGGAUCGCACAGUUACGACCCUUCUUAUUUGAAUGAGAUGUUGUUUCCAGGGUCGGGGGUGGAUUCUCACAUGUACUUGAACAAGGAAUGGGACGAUAUGUAUAUAGGGCAGGACUUUAUGACCCACGAAGCACUACCAGACUCGCAACAGCAACAAGGCUACGGCGACAACCCUGCUUUGUUUAUGCCAUUGACUUCUAACGAAGGAGAACAACAUCCACCAUCCCAAACCUCUCAGGAAAAGUCGAAUUUGUUUUUAUCACUUGCCGAACAGGAACAACAAGCUAUUUUAUUAUCCGAUCCUAACUUUUUACGGCAACACCAACUUUUGCAAGAUAAACAGAAGGCUAUGCAAAAAUUGGAAGCGGAAGAACAGGGGUCGAUCACCACAUCCACUCGAUCCAACUUAUCUGCCAUGUUCGACCCACCGCCGGAAACCGAAGUUCGUGAAGAGCCACCAGGGGACGCUGCACUGCGAGAAACGCAGUUCACGGACCGCACUUCCAGCCAAGCGCAGCAGUCCGAAACGCCGACAUCCAAGCCUGCGAACAGACUGGGAGGGAAAUCGCAGGCCAGAAAAGACUUGACUAAACGUAGUCAGACCAAUCGUAAAUCCACCAACCCUAUUCCAAUCAGCGGUACUCCUUCCUCCAGCGGCAAACCAUCCUCGUCCUCUUCUGUUCCCACCGAAGUCGACCAUCAACGCCGCUUCAACGAGUUGCAGGCAAGAUUUCGCAUCAACUAUGCACGCAAAUCCAGUCCCAAUCAGAAAAAUGCCGCAUCUUCCUCUACAAGCUCGUCCUCCUUUUCCGGUACACCUAGCAGCUUAGGCCGGAUCCAGACACAACCUCAACAUACCACGGCAUCCUCGGCUUCGCGCUAUACAUUCUCCACAAACGAAUAUCAUUCUUCUACUCCCACAUCCACCGUAGCAGAUCCUCAGCAGCAGCGGCAGCAGCAGCAGCAGCAACAACCACUGGGAUCCGAUCAGGGUCGACCUUUAUCUUCCAUUUCCAUUCAAGAUCCUCCUGUAUCCUAUGAUGGUAUUCCCAACCAAGGGGUAGCCAUUCCUGGCAAUAAUCGUGAUAACGCGUCUUCAUUGUCCUCUUCUUUUGGUGCUCAACCAUCCUCAUUUCCUUCACGUACCAUGCCUAUUCAGAUUCAGCGCAUGCAACGAGCGAACGCAUCCCAACCUUUCGAUGCCGAACAACAUCAACGUCGUCUAGAUGAUCAGCUGGUCAAAGUCGAUUUUGAUGAUAUUACCGUCACAGAGCUCAAAGAGAUGUUAAGGCAGCGAGGUAAGCCGGCCACUGGGAAAAAAGCGAUCCUAUUGCAGCGAUUGCAGGAGGAGCGUGAGCUGAUCAAGGCCAUGCGUGAUGGCCGCCAAAAUCGUCAUUCGCAACCUCCACCGGCAUCUGCGCGAUCGCAGGAAACAAGUCGACCUCGAUCAUUCCAAGGCUCUUCGCCAAUGACGGUGAAUGUUGGAUCACCCCAAUCGCCAAUGAUAGGCAGCCCUUCUUCUGUGUCCAACUUUAUUCCCGGAUCCCCCAGCGCUGCACUCAACCGAUCCAUGGCCAAUAUUCACAUUGGCUCACCACCCAUGUCGGCUUCUCAUCCCCGUCGAUACUCACCCUAUGCUACCCCCAGCUCACCGCGCUUGGGAUCUUCAUCACCGAAAUUACAGGCUCAGCAAUCCGUUUACUCAUCGUCUCUACCUACCAACGAUAUUGCGUCUUCCCCCAAUUAUCAGCAUCCCUCCUUGUCAUCUUCUUUUUCAUCACGCAUACGUCCCUCUUAUUAUCACCAUGGCUGGGGAACGAAUUAUGGACCCAACGGCCGACCUAAAACGUAUGCACCUUUUACAUCGUCGGCCUUGGCCACGCCUGAUCGGGAUGAUGACCACGACCCAUUUGAUGAUAUCGAAUACCAUAAUGGACAGACAGAUAUCAUCGAGAGCGAACCAUCUUAUAAGGCUGAAGAUUCAUCAAUAUCCGGUUCCGUGAAAAUGGAAGGCUUAGAGUGGAUGGAUUCUUCCAUUCAAUCAUUGCUGCAACAACAAGGUUUGGCGAUGCCUGCAAAUGAUGAGAAUGCAGACAAUCUUCUGUUUCCCGAAGGAUUGACUCAAGAGCAGUUCAUGGCUUUGAUCGGCAACCAAUGCGUUCCUAGCGAUCACAAUGACACUGCGGGUCUGUUUAAGGCUGAGGAUCUGCAUCGUUAUUCUGAUAUCGAUUACAAUACUUUAUUCGGCAACGAGAACAACCAUCUGUCACAAGCUUAUUCGUCAAGUUAUAGACAAGAGAAUGGAGGAGGUGGUGACACCACGGAUGGCAUACACAGUGGUCAUAAUUGGUAG